AUUUCCAAAUUUCAACAAGCAUGGGAUGGGAGUGUAUUUAAAAACGGGUUAAGAAUGGCAUACCCGGAUGGAUUCAUAGCACAGUAAGCGCCGGAGAAGAUAAAGAGCUUCACUGCUCUCACUUCUUUACUCGGCUUUCCUCAAUGGAUAAACCACUCGAUUCCAAGCCCAAGACCACAGGCCCUCGUUUGUGCUGCGUCUGUAACCAGAGAAGACCUGCCCUUAAGAGACCCAAAACCCUAGACCAGAUUUGCAGGGAGUGUUUCUACGAGGCAUUUGAGGAGGAGAUUCAUCAAGUAAUUGUUGAGAAUCAGUUGUUUAAGCCUGGUGAACGCAUCGCCAUUGGUGCUUCUGGUGGAAAAGAUUCCACUGUCCUCGCUUAUGUCUUGUCCAAGUUGAAUAAGCAGCACCAAUACGGCCUAGAUCUCUUUCUCUUGUCCGUCGAUGAGGGCAUUACAGGAUACAGGGAUGAUUCACUUGAAACUGUCAAAAGAAAUGAAAUACAGUAUGGACUGCCUCUUAAAGUUGUCUCAUACAAAGAUUUAUAUGGAUGGACUAUGGAUGAAAUAGUAAAGGUGAUCGGUCUGAAAAAUAAUUGCACAUUUUGCGGUGUUUUCCGUCGGCAGGCCCUUGAUCGUGGUGCUGCACUGUUAAAAGUCGACAAGGUCGCUACUGGACAUAAUGCAGAUGAUAUUGCUGAAACAGUUCUAUUGAACAUUUUACGUGGUGAUAUUGCUAGAUUGAGUAGAUGCACUGCAAUUACCACCGGCGAAGAUGGACCGAUUCCGCGGUGCAAACCUUUCAAGUACACAUAUGAGAAGGAGAUCGUUAUGUAUGCCUAUUUCAAGAGGCUGGACUACUUUUCCACUGAAUGCAUUUACUCUCCAAAUGCAUAUCGUGGUUUUGCUCGGGAGUUCAUCAAGGAUUUGGAGAGAAUAAGGCCCAGAGCAAUACUUGAUAUUAUCAAAUCAGGAGAGGAUUUUAGGAUUUCCACUACUACAAAAAUGCCAGAGCAGGGGACAUGUGAACGCUGCGGUUACAUUUCAAGCCAGAAAUGGUGUAAAGCUUGUGUUUUACUUGAUGGUUUGAAUCGGGGUCUGCCAAAACUUGGCAUUGGGCGGAGUCGUGCAGUAAAUAAUGAUCGUAAGAAGGAUGUGAAUGAAAAAUCUGUUACAAAAAGUAUAGAGAGCAAGCAGUGUGGAUCUUUGGAUUUCUGAUGGACGAUCAUACAUGCAGAAGUUUUUCAGACUGGUCCGGCACACCACAAUAUCCGAUUAUGAUGGUGAUUAUGAUACGAUAUUAUAUUUAACCGAAACAAGUAAGUACUUGAAUACGAUUCAUUGGGGUCAGCCUCAGCCACCAGGAUAAGGUUGAAUGAAAAAUUCAGAUAUGGAGAAUUGUAACAUAUGUAUUUUUUGAGUUGAUAUCGAAAUUUUGAAGGGCAGUGAAGAUAACUUUUUCCUUCUAUGUUAAUUUAAUGUACUGAUUCUUGGAGAAAACUUCCACUUCAGCUGUCAAGAUUGACACAUGAUAUGGCAGCAAUUUUGAAUUGGAGAUUUGGUAUCACCUGCUUGAGGUAUCAA